AUUACACUGAGUCUGUGGUUCUCUGCUCACCUCCUCAUCAUCACCUGUCAUCUGACCAUUGACCUACAGCAAGACCCGUCUCAGCAGGACGCCAACACGGACAGUCUUAAUUAGAAACCAUCAGCUUCCUGGUGAAGAACCCCAAAGGAGACCUGCAGGAGUGUUUCAGCAGUAAUGGGGGACUGGAGUCUCCUGGGAAACUUCCUAGAGGAGGUCCAGGAACACUCCACAUCUGUGGGGAAGGUCUGGCUUACCGUCCUCUUCAUCUUUCGCAUCCUGGUGCUGGGCACAGCGGCCGAGUCCUCCUGGGGGGAUGAGCAGAGUGACUUCCUGUGCGACACACAGCAGCCCGGUUGCACCAACGUGUGUUACGACAGCGCCUUCCCCAUCGCCCACAUCCGCUACUGGGUGCUGCAGAUUGUCUUUGUCUCCACACCAUCCCUCAUCUACAUGGGACAUGCCAUGCACACGGUGCGCCAAGAGGAGAAAUGCAAAAGGAAGGAGCAAGAGCAGAGAGAAGAAGCUGGGGGAGACCUACAGGAGGAGAAGGAGUAUCUCCAACAGAAAGAGACCAGGAGCGAGGUGAUAUAUGACGGGACCAGCCAUGUUCGUUUGAAAGGAGCACUACUGCAGACUUACAUCCUGAGUAUCUUGAUCCGCACGCUGAUGGAGGUGACGUUCAUCGUGGUGCAGUACAUGAUCUACGGGGUAUUCCUCAAGGCACUGUACUUGUGCAAGGCCUGGCCUUGCCCCAACCCUGUCAACUGCUACAUGUCUCGACCCACAGAGAAGAACGUCUUCAUCGUCUUCAUGCUGGUGGUGGCCGGCGUGUCUCUGCUCCUGUCUGUGUUGGAGCUCUACCACCUUGGCUGGAAGAGUGCUCAGAGGUGCAUCCGCAACAAAGUUCUCCAAAAGAACAACUGCAGAGCUGUGACCAUUCCAGCAUUGGAGCCCCAGACUCCUCCACGGCCCUCGGUCUCCUGCACACCCCCUCCUAACUUCAGCCAGUGCCUGGCACCUCCGGGUUCCAUCAACACCAUUACCUCCUUGGCCUCACAUCCCUUCAACAACAGGAUGGCACUCCAGCAGAACUCGGUCAACCUGGCUACCGAGCGACAUCACAGCUGUGACAAUGUGGAGAACGAAACAGACUUUCUACGGAUGAAUUAUGACCAGGUGCCAACCGAACUCCCCAACAGCUGCUCACCAUCAUCACUUCUACACUCAGGCUACCUGAGGGACAAACACCGCCUGAGCAAGACAAGCGGAGGCAGCAACCGGGCCCGUCAAGAUGAUCUGGCAGUAUAAAUUUAUAGCAUAGUGUGAGUGAGGUUUGGAUCACUGGAACCAAAGACAAAAGAGAAGACUAAAACGCUGAUUGGCAGCCAGUGAGAAGACAACAACUAUGCAAAAUUUUAAGUUUGACCACAAAGGAAAGACUAAAAAUCCUCACUGGAAUGGAUCGAGAAAGUGAUGCUGGAGUAUGAAUGUUGUCUCUCGGUCCAAAGUUUGAAAAACUGAACUGCAAAA